CCUCACUCUCACCGAAAACACACCUGAGCUCAGGUAAAACACACAGCAGACGAACGGGCACACAGACACAGCCUUCGUAAAAAAAGCGUUGUUUUGAGCUUAUCUUUUCUGACUAAACAGGAUGUUUCAAUUUUGAUUCAGUCUUAAUAAUUAAGUUUGAUUUAAACUCCAGCUGAAGUGACUGACGUAUCUUUGAGGACUUAACAAAUACAUCAGGAUCCCCUCAGAAAUGGCUUCGUGCUGUUUUGUUUUCGUCGUCUUGCUUCAGAUCCUCGCUGUUUAUGGCGAAGGUACGGAGAGCGACGCGUCUGGACAUGAGAAGAAGUGUGAGAAAGAGUUCAUUGCUGGUCGACAAGAUUUUGUUCUGGAUUCGGAAGACUCGAUUAAACACGGGGCCACGUACCUGGACAACCCGAGCGUCAAUCAUAUGAACGAAUGUGUCGCCGCGUGCUGCAGUGAUGCCAAGUGUAACGUUGCGCUUAUUGAACAAGGACAAGAUGAAGAAUCUGUUACCAACUGCUUCCUCUUCAGCUGCUUAUAUAAGCAAAAAUAUGUCUGUAGAUUUAUCAAAAAUUCCAGUUUUACGACUUACAUACUGAAGUCCGUGUAUGAGCAUUACCUGAAUCGACACACAUCUGAUGAAACAGACAAACCUCCCAUCGCCAAUGCUGGGCCAGAUGUGGUGGUGCAGCCUAAAGGGGAGGUCCUGCUAAAUGGCAUAGAGAGUUGGGAUGAUCAGAAAAUCAUAAGCUACUCAUGGACCCUUGCCCAGGGAGAUCCAUCUGUCGUGAUGGAGAAAACAAAUCUGGAGGACCAAAUAAAAGUGACCAACUUGAUUCCUGGAGUGUAUGGGUUCAAACUAACAGUGACUGAUUCAGCACAUCAUUCUGAUUCAGCUCAAGUCACUGUGUUGGUUCUCACUCCUGAACAGUCUGAGCAUCACUGUUUGAUCCCUAAAAAGGUGGGUCCCUGCCGAGGGUCUUUCCUUCGAUGGCAUUACAACGCAGCUUCUAGCAGUUGUGAAGAAUUCAUUUUUGGAGGCUGUAAGCAGAAUCGGAACAACUACCUCUCCGAAAAGGAAUGUUCGGAUGCCUGCAAAGACACCAAAGCAAUAGAUGUUGUGGGACCAAGAAAGGGGUUAACCGAAGACUGUAGUUCUCCAUGUAAUGAAGAUCAGUUUACAUGCUCUAAUGGCUGCUGUCUGAAGAAAGAGGUUGAAUGUGAUGGACAGAUGCAUUGCAGCGACGGUUCUGAUGAGGCGUCCUGCGUGAAAGUUACUGAAAGCCUGUCCCAACUUCUUGUCAUUAAGGCGGAUAACAAAGCCGGCUGUACCGAUCCACCAAAUACAGGCCCAUGUCGAGCACAUUUUCCACGCUGGUAUUAUGAUCCCGCUAAUCAAAAGUGUCAUCGCUUCACUUAUGGUGGCUGCGAAAACAAUCACAACAACUUUGAGAAGCAGGAUGAUUGCUUGGAACAAUGCUCGGGUGUCACAGAAAAUGAUGUGUUUGCAAGAGUAUUGCACAAUGUGAGAGACUCAGAACUAGGAGAAAGCCAGUCAGCAUCUGUUGCUCUGGCUGUAGUUUUGGUUGUGGCUAUCUUGGCCAUGCUGGCUGUGUUGGGUUAUUGUUUCUUCAAAAACAAGAGAAAAAAUGGUGAACAUCAGCGCGUGGCCACCAGCAAUCCGACAGUUGCCUACAGUGACGAUGCCCAGGUCUACAACAGCACAACCUCCAAAGCAUGACGACUUCAAGUCCAUCUUUCUCGGCCAUAUGAGAUCUGUUGCUUUGUAUGAAUUGGGCUGAGUGCAGUCUGAUGGGCAAUGAAAAUCAUUUUCAUGUAACUCGGUUAAAGAUCCUGACCUCAGCAUGAAACUAAAUGACACGUGUUUAGUCACUAAACUGGUUGUUUUGUUUCAGGUGUGGUGUAAUGCUUAAGGAAUUUUAUUUGUGUUUUAAUAAUUUGUGUUGAAGUGUUAAACUUAUCGCUGCCCAAACAUUAAUUAAAUACCUAUAAAGGUGCAUGCAUGCAAGACAUGUAGAGAGAAAGAGAGAGA